ACAGCGGGCUCUGAAACUCACCCUCAUGAAUAGCUUUCCUUCUCUCCCACCAAAUAGCCCACAAAGUAACCAACACUUCAAUGAAAUCCUGCUGAUUAAGAGUCUUGCACAGUGAUAAGAGCCAAAGCUUCGGAUCAAGAGUUUCAUCACCAAAUAAAGGAAGAGCCACAUCAUCCUCACGGAGAGCCCAAACACUUUUCGCCAUAUUGCAAUCAAGAAGUGAAUGUCUCUAAGAAUCGAAGGAAGCAUUACAGAUGGUGCAAACUGGAGUUGUUGCCAUUUUUCUUCGUGCUCUUUCUUGACCCGUUGGUAGAGAAGAUCUCGCCAACCUCCAAGCAAAAACCUCGAGUUACCUUCCAGAGCUUCUUCGACUCCCGUUCAUGCUCCUCCCCAUGCGAACCUUCCGAAGAUCCUUCAAGCUAGUCAACCCGGCGCCUCUUAGUCUCAACCAUCAUCUUGUAUGCCGAACGGACAGUGAACACCCCUCUUUCUCUCAUAAUGCCAAGCCCAACAAUCUAGCUGCCUGAUUUGACUAAUAGGAAUUUGACAAACAGCUUCAACAUCCAUUGGCAGUAGGUGUGCCUUCAGCGCACUAAUGUUCCAGGAUCUCGUAGCUGAGUAGAUCAACUCAGAAACCAAUUGCGGAGGAUGUGGCGAGAUAGAACACGUCGGCCUCAGCUUGAAAUCCCGUGGUAACCAAUUGUCCUGCCAGAUAUUAGUUGAUGAACCAUCUCCGAUCCUGCGGAUAAGCCCAAGCUUGAGCAUCUCCUUACCAUCACACAGCGCACGCCAAACCCGUGAAGGUUUGUUACCAACUUCCGCCUCCAGCAGCGACCCAUCAAGGAAAUAGUGUGCCUUCAAGAUUCUUGCACUUAGCGAAGAUCCAUCCUGCAUAAGGCAUCACACUUGUCUUGCGAGUAGAGCUAGGUUGAAAAUCUCAAUGUCCUGAAAACCUAGACCACUUUGGCAUCGUCAUUGCAUCCCACGCAACCCAGGCUGUCUUGCGUUCGCCAUUUUUGCUCCCCCACCAAAUCUUCGUGAUCAGAGAAGUGAUAUGCUGACACAGCCCACGCGGCAAUCUGAAGACAACGAUUGCUGUGACUGAUUUGGGUCUGGUAGACAACGCCCAUGUUGGGCUCUGGAGCCAAGGCACAACGGCCCACCUGAGGCUCCCAGGAUCCAUCCCGAGCAGCACCUAUUCAUUCUGGCCUCACUGCUCCGUCACCAUGAACGCCCGCUCUGAGCAGCCGUCGCCGCCGCCGCCGAAGAAGGAAUCCCAACUACCCGCUCCCACCACUAUAAGCGCCCUCGACGACGAGCUCAUCCGUGAGAUCUUCCUCCGCCUCCCAUCCCUCCCAACCCUCGUUCGCGCCGCCUUCACCUGCCAAGGCUUCCUCGGCGCGGUCCAUUCGUGCCCCGCCUUCCGCCGCCGCUUUCGUGAGCUCAACCCGCCCCCAAUACUCGGCGUCUUCAUCGGCAUCGGCGAUGAUUACGUACUGGGAGACGUCGCGCCCACCUUCACGCCCGUUCGCCGCCGCUCCGAUCCGGACCACGCCGCCGCCAUCCGCGGCGUCGAUGUCCUUCUUACCGGUCUCCCCGACAGCGGCGUAAACAACGACGAAGAUGACUACAAGGAAGACGAUGACGAUGACGGCUACAAGGAAGACGACGACGAAGACGACUACACGGAAGAAGACAACUACAAGGAACACAACGACGGCGAUAGGCCCGAGUGGUGCAUGUUAGAGUGCCGCGAUGGGUACGCCCUUCUCAUCAACGGGCACACCGAGGAGGUGGCCGUCUACGAUCCUCUCACAGGGGCCCUGCAUCUCUUCCCCGUGCCGUCCUAUGAGGUAUAUGACGAGGGGCAAGUUGAUUUCCACGUAUUCUCCUUCGAAGAGGACCACGAGUCGUUCCGCGUAGUCUGCGUUUCCAGCGAUGUUGAGAGUGCAGCCGUCCUCUCACGGGAUGACCGUGAGUGGGAGAUUUUCCCAUUGGAUGAGGAUGAAGGCGGCCAUUACUGGCCUCACGAAGGCACGCCGGUGAAUGGGUCUGUUUAUAGGGCAUUUGCAGACGGAUACCAUGUAUGUGUGCUGAACAUCACAACGCCUCAAUUCUUUCGAAUCUAUCUGCCGCCAGAUAUCGCAGGGACAGACAAUUUCAAGGUUGGUGAGACCAAGGAUGGGAACCUCUGUUUGGUUUCUGCAUCUAAACUCAGGCUUGUUGUUUGGGUCUGGAGAGCUGGUGACGAUGGUAUUAAUAGAUGGAUGCUGGAAAACACAUACCGGCUGCGGAGUGCGCAUAAGAUCCCACAACAUUCUUCGGAGGAUUAUCUUGUUGGAAAAUUUGCAACAUAUCUUAAACUGAAGGUUGUGGGGAUUAUCGGUGGCAUUGUGUAUCUGUCUGGGUACUCAUGUGCUGAUUCUGGAUACUGGUUCUUAUCCUUCUGCCUGGAAAAAGAGGAGCUGAAUAAGCUCUGCCGUAUCACCAAAUCCAUCUUUUCCUAUCCCUACAUCAUGGCGUGGCCUAAUUCUUUGGUGCACAAUAAGGUGAAUCUUCAACUCGAGGGAGCUUGACUAAGAGGGAUAAGAAAACUAGAGCCAGAAAUUAGAGCCAGAGAUUUAUAUUUGAACUCUGUAUCUUACUUUAUUUACUGAUGUCUUGCAAGUUGCUAUGGUUCUAUAGAUGAUGUCUUGGUUAGAUGUCAUCAGAGUAAAUCAAGAUGUCCAUGUAUAGCCUUGUUAUAUAUCAUUAUGCUGGCAGGUUAUAUGCAAUAUGACCUCAGAACGCUCAGACAAGGCUUUGUUUUGUUGUCCUUAAUAGUGUUUCUCCGUAACUAUAAUG